GCAUGGCUGCCAUUGUGUCACUCGUCUCACUACUCCUGGUUACAGGUGCAGGAGGAACUAGACAUGGAAAUCUGGCACCUGCGGUUGCCGUGAGGCCCGCGGCGCCGUCGAGGACAAUGGCGCCGAUGGAGUAUUGGCAAGCAGUGCUUCCCGAGACUCCGAUGCCCCAAGCCAUUCAUGAUGUCCUGACCCAAUCUACAGCAGUGCAUGUCUCUCUGGACGACAUGAGUAUGGUUGAUCUAGAGAAUGUUCACACAGUUCAGAAUGGCCAUUCACAAAGGCCAAAUUUUGUUAAAGGACUGCAGAAAAUUGGAAAAAGUUCCGACGUACGGAGAAUAUUGCAGAAGUAUGGUCUAUAUUUCGAACAGGAACAAAAAGUCUUGAAGUUGAAAGGGGUGAAGAAUUAUAUUUUUCUCUAUGGGUCCCAAGGCGAUGAGGACUCAAGGAAGGUCACCAUGGCAUAUGGCUCCCACGGCGAGGAGGAUCCAAGGAAGGCCACCGUGUCAUAUGAGUCCCAAGGCGAUGAUGACUCAAAGAAGGUCACCACAACAUAUGGCUCCCACAGUGAGGAGGAUCAAAGGAAGGUCACCGUGUCAUAUGGGUCCCAAGGCGAUGAGGACUCAAUAAGGAAGGUCACCACAGCAUAUGGCUCCAGUGGCGAGGAGGACCCAAGGAAGGUCACUGUGUCAUAUGGGUCCCAAAGCGAUGAGGACUCAAGGAAGAUCACCACGGCAUAUGGCUCCCGUGGUGAGGAGGAUCUAACGAAGGUCAGCAUGUUAUAUGGGUCCCAAGGCAACGAGGAGUCAAGGAAGAUAACCAUGGCAUAUGGAUCCGGCGGUGAGAAGGAUCCAAAAAAGGUCACCAUGGCAUAUGGCUCCUGCGGCGAGGAGGAUCCAUGGAAGGUCACCGUGUCAUAUGAGUCCCAAGGCGAUGAGGACUCAAGGAAGGUCACCACGACAUAUGGCUCCCAUGGUGAGGAGUAUCAGAGGAAGGCCACCAUGUCAUACGGCUCCCAAGGCGAUGAGGACUCAAUAAGGAAGGUCACCACAACAUAUGGCUCCCGUGGCGAGGAGGAUCCAAGGAAGGUUACUGUGUCAUAUGGGUCCCAAAGAGACGAGGACUCAAGGAAGACCACCACAGCAUAUGACUCCCGUGGUGAGAAGGAUCUAACGAAGCUCAGCAUGUUAUAUGGGACCCAAGGCAACAAGGACUCAAGGAAUAUUGCCAUGGCAUAUGGAUCCGGCGGUGAGGAGGAUCCAAAAAAGGUCACCGUGUCAUAUAGGUCCCAAGGUUAUUUAAAAGAGGGCAUAUCAUAUGAGUCACAAUAUGGAAAGGACCUUAAGAAAGUCAACAACAAUAUGAAGAUGUCAAUGCCAUAUGUUCCACUAGAUGAACAACAUACCACCAUUUCUAACAACCAACAAACAAUAAGUGAAAGAAGUGCAGCAAGUAAAGGGGACAUGCAUGACCAUGCUCAUAGCCACAGUAAUGGCAACAAAAGGCUGGCAGAUGUUUUCUUCCUUCAUGAUGUCCUACGACCAGGGUCCGUGAUCACACCGACCAUUCCACUGACCACCUCCUUGCCAUCUCUGCUGCCUCGCCACGUCGCUGACACCAUUCCGUUCUCCACCGAGCGCUUCGCCGACAUCCUUGCAAUGUUUGCACCAGCGUCCCUUGCCAUGGCAGGCGAGAUACGGUGGACAAUAGACACCUGUGAGAACCAACGGCCGCUCACUGGCGAGAAGGUUGGUUGCGCCACGUCCCUUGAGUCUCUAGCUGAGCUACCUGCUACCCUGCUCGGGUCACGCAACAUACACGCGUUCUCCGCCGAUAUGCCCAUCGACCCGGAAGGCACGGCGGCGUUGCGGGGGACGUACAACUUGACGGCCGUGCGGAAGCUCUCCGAGUCACUAGAAUCGGUGACAUGCCACGACAUGACAUACCCAUAUGCAGUCUUCUACUGCCACACGGCCAACCCGGUGGAGAUGUACAUGGUGACGCUGGUGGCUAAGGAUGGUGGGGCUCCGGCCAUGGAGGUGCUAGCCGUGUGCCACCUCGACACCUCACAGUGGAACCCCAAGAACCCGUUCUUCAUGGUGCACAAUCUCAAGCCAGGUGACGUGGCCUUGUGCCAUUUCCUCUCUAAGCUCAGCACCAUCUGGGUCCUGGCCGGCGAGCAAGGAGAUGCACAUGCCUGGUAAAAUGGCAUGUAUGUACUUACACGUGUAUGUGUGUCAGUUGUGUGGCCACCAUGUGAUGCAUGGGAGGACUACGUGGUUCUAGUACUAAAUAAGAUCAGCUUGAAUGUAUUAUAUGUGAUUGUAAUUUGUCUAAGGGGGAGUGAGACAAUAUGUCAGUUGAUCGAAAAAUUCUAAACUUGCAC